AUGGGGGAAGGGGCUGUGUGUUUUGCGGCCGUUUGGAUGUGUUUUUGUGGAGGUGCUGCAGGAGCUAUGGGAUUGUGUACAGCAGCAGGUGCAGCAUCCCCUGCCCGACGAGGUGGCAGCACUCCUGAAGCACGGAAAAAUAAAGUUGGAGGUUUGCUGUUUCGAGCUGCAGCCCCCUGCUCUCCUGCGUCACCAGCAGCAGUUGCUUGUGCCGCACCAUCUGCCCCACACGAAGGUGCAAGAACAGAAGCAGCCAUUAGCAGGGCGAAUCCUAUGGCUAGCCGAGAUCCCAAAAAAGUGGCGAGUGAUGUUCAAGGAUUGCAGUCAACGGCUUUAGCGAAAGCAGCGGAGGCAGAGACUCCCUCUGCUGCUGCCUCUCCGUCUGGGGGCAUGGGUAAGGAGACAGACAGUGGAAGGGAAGCAGCAGCAACAGCAACAACAGAAGCAGCAGCAGAAGCAGCAGCAGGCGAACGGAAACAGCAGCAGAAGCAGCAGCAGCAGCAGCAGCGGCAGCAGCAGCAGCAACAGCAGCGUAUGCGUGCUCCCUGGAAUAGGUAA